AUGGCAUCCAAGUACAUCCAAGUCAACAACGAGAACCCCAGUGAUCGAGGAGCUGAGGACGGGGAAUGGAGAGGACGAACAAGGAGGGUCACUGUCCUAGCACGGGAAGCUACCAUCCUGGACGAUGACUACCAACCCAGCAACGAGGAAGACGGCAGAUUGCCACCAGAAAACAAAAUCACAGCUCCAACAAUUGAUGCGUUCGACUAUGUGAGCCCGAACCACCCAUUAUGCCCAACCAGAGCGAUCUGCGUUCUCGACAGCGCGCAACAAUUGGCACGAUUGCGGCAUCACUUCGAGUUCUGGUGGGACGUUCUGGUCGCCAUGGACAAGCAAGCAAAAAUGAAUACGAACAACGUUACCGACCAGAGGAUACGUGAAGUCAUACGCCUAGGCGAAGAAAAUCGAGAACUGCGGCGCGAACAAGACUACAUGACAGUGCAAAGAGAUAUGGCAGAGAAACGAGUCGAAGGACUGAUUUCCAAGUUGGACGGAGCAUACCGAGAGCGCGACCGAGAUCAGUCGAUCAUUGCGCUCAUGAAUACGACAAGACAAGCAAAGCCGGCUACUGAAGGAAACAAUCGGGAUUGUGUUCCCCAUCGCGAUCGGAUGCAUGACGCACACAGAUUCCUGGGGAAUAUCUCUGUCGAUCAUGAAAACUGUCCUUCCAGUGUAACGAAUGCUUUGGGUACGGAUCCGGGUACAGUAGUUCCGGAAAUUGGUGUCACCAUCUACACUCUUUCAUUGUUUCUCGAACCCUAA